AUGAGUGCCAUCACACCCACCAGCCCGGGCUUCCCGCUCACCAUGGGCGCAGGUGCCAGCGUCCAUCAGCUCGCAGGCCCCUCCUCCAUGACGGGUAGUCCGCGCUCCCGGCCCGCCACGCCUCUCUCCGCCGCCUACCUCCCCUCUGGACCCACCUAUGAUGAUCUCGGCAGAUGGGACGACGCAGAUGUGGCUGCCUGGCUAAGCUCAGCACGCCUCGGCCAUCACGCGUCCACUUUCGCCGACAACGACAUUCGCGGCUCUGUCAUCCUCGAUGUGGAUCAGGCCGCGCUCAAGGAAAUGGGCAUCACCAUGGUCAAGGACCGCGUACGCAUCUCGGCCGCUAUCAAGCUGCUCAACAAGCGGUGCGCUGACUCGGCCAUGGCACGCAGGCCUAGUGUCGUCUCCAUCCCGCCCCUCUCCCCCUUGGCAACCCAUGCGCUCUACGCCAAUGAAGGAGAGAUCGAGUACCUCCAGAAUGAUCCCAACGCCGAUCCAUCCGCCGACGGUCUCAACUCCCAAUUUGGGCCCAACUCGAUGAGCGUGCGACGAGGUCAGAUGCGGCCACCUCCUCUCACACUGAAGCAGUCGACAUCUCGUGGCAUGCCGGGCUAUGCAUCGCCUGCCAACACCAUCAACAACAACCAAGGCUUCGGUCUCAGUGCUGCCCGUGGCCUCACCCCGGGAGCAGGGCGUGGCAGCGUGUGGAACACGGCUUCUUCGUCCACCGCGGACGGCGGAAUGCACCGCAAAGUCAACUCGAUCGGAAGUCUCGCUGCACCUGCCAUCGUCGGUGCCGCGACCGGCCUCCCUGCCUCCCGCCAUCCCUAUGGUCAGAGCGGGCAGAGCAGCCGACCAAACACUGCGACGGGCGCCAGUGGGCAUCCGAGCGCACACGCGUCGCAGCGCGGCGCUCUCCCUUCGAUCAGUCCCACCAGCGCGUCUUUCGGCAGUGGUCCCACCAGCAGCCUGGGUCGUCCGGCCACCGCAACCGGCGCUCCGUCUAUUAAUUCCGUCGCAGGAGGAUCAUCAGGCAGCCAAGGCUACUCGCCGCUCACCCCAAUCUCCGAAGCCAACUCGUACGGAGCCACGCCCACCACCCCAUCUGCCCUUCACCGCCAACAGCAGGCCAUGGGCUACUCGGUGGGUCGCGGCCUGUUUGUCAAUGCACCGCGGUUUGCUGCGGCCUCCUCCGCUCCCGAACAGCAGCAGCCCUCCUCGAGUGGCACCCUCCGGCACGUCGAUAGCGGCGAGGGCUACAAUCAGCACGCCAACUACUCGACCGCCCAUCAGCCCACAUUGGAAGAUCUCAAACGCCGAACGAUCAAGUUCAUCAGCGAGGAAGACAACACAACGCGCACCGUCAAUGUCAGCGACUGUCGAGAUGCCUACGAUGUCAUGUCGCGGGUCCUCCGGAAGUUCCUCAAGCCGCCAAGUGGCAACAGCUACACACCCACCGCGGAUCAGGGGCCCACAGGCGAUGAGCUUGGCGGGACAGAAACGUGGGGCAUCUUCGCCACCAGUGCAGACGGACAGAACACCAAGGCGCUGUCCGACAACGAGCUGCUGGCCAUCUGUCAUGCUCCGCAGCCGCACGAUCCUCUCCGAGAGCGUGGCCUGACGCUUCGCAGAAUUCCCAAUCAUCUGCCGGGUGAGGAUGCCCGCAGGGUCCCAGUGCGCUCGGGGAGAAACAAGCUCGAGGCUUUCUUCGGCGAGCGCAUGCCCGUCGCACAGAUGCAGCCCGCCGGUCCUGGCUCUGGCCCCAACGGAGACGACGGCGAUGCUGGCAGCGUCACCAUCAGCGGCAAGAAGAUGAAGCGCGCUUCGACUGUCAGCAUCAUGUCCGGUCUGGGAGUGGGCCCACUCAGUCACGGCAGCAGCAGCGGUAGCCAUCCGCCAACUUCAGGCAACUACCAUACCGGCAACACUGGCACCAUCAAGGCUUCCAAGCGAGAGAGCAAGCGCCACUCGCCACCUCCCAUCGCCAGCAAACCGAGCAAGAUCCGCAACUUUUUCGGCCAGCGUCCCCCCUCCGAGCUCAUCAACACGAAUCUGGCCGAUUUCUUCCCGUCCACCGACUCGAAAGCGCUCCAGCGCACGGCAAGGAGAUCGAUCUACGGUCGCGCCUCGGCAAGCACGAGAUCCAAGCGCAACAGUACCUGGAGCUUUGUCGCUGACCCCGAUGCGCCGCCUCUGCCUACCAAAGAGUCGUACGAUGGCCAUGAGCCCCCUUCGGAGAGGUCGUCUGCUUCCCUCCGAGAGCGUGGCACCCCGCCCAUCAUUCAGAUCGCCCAUGACCAGCCGUCGGAGACUGACCCUUUCAGCAACGCUCUCCGCUUGUCGUCUGGGUCCCAGACGCAGCCGCAGCCAAGUGGUGCAGGGCCCCCGACGCUGCCACCCGUCGUGGAUCGGAACUCGCUCGACGAGUGGUCGCGCGACCUCAAGGCGGUCGGAUCACCGGUCGCCGAGCUCCCUUCGACCUUCCCACCCAACAAGCCGGGACGAACCAUGGGCCAGCAGCAGCUUCCUCCGCCCAUGCAACGGUCGCCGUCGCAGGGCAGCACGUAUAUCAAUCGACCCUCCGUGUCGCGUCGCACCUCAGGCGAGAGCGCAAGGAGUCGACGCAGCUUGGCCUCCCAAGUUCGACAAGGUCUCAGUGCGGCUCGCGAGCGCAAUGCCGACACUGCCAGCUUGCUUACGGUCGACGAGAUCACGCAAGAAGUCGAGAACAGGAAAGAAACUACCUCGCUGGCCGGCGCAGGGGGAGGCUGGGUGGUGGACGAGGACGGCGUGCCCAUUCCCAUCCCGGGUGCUUCCGCACGCUCUUCGUCUGCCGCUGCCUCGACACGGCCUUCCAGCGGUGCCACAUCGUCGCACGUCCACGGCAGCUUGACCGGUCAUGACGAGGAGGACGAAGAGGCCGACGAGUCUUCCGACCUCGAAGGGCUGCCCCACACGGACAAGAGGCGCAGCGUCAUCUCGAAAGCGGAGUCGACCCACGCCGCGGCUAGCGUCUCGUCCCAUCGCGCCCCGUCCGUGCUGCAGGCUCCUGGCGAUGAAGCCGAUCGUCAUCUGGGCGAUCCCAUGGCUCUUGCGCGCAGCACCACGUCCCGAGCCAGCUCCGUUUCCGAGUUGCGACACUCGAUCGCAGGUCACGGCGACUUGAGUGAAGGUGACUCGGAACCGGGCCUGAGCGACUCCGAUCUGGGUUCGGACGGCUCGGACACCGACGACGACGAUGUAGCCAACGACAUCUAUCAACCGUCCGCCGCGGCCAAGGCGCCUAUCAAGUGGCACAAGGGUGCGCUGAUCGGCGCGGGUUCCUUCGGCAACGUCUUCCUCGGUAUGAACGCCAAGACGGGUCUUUUGAUGGCGGUCAAGCAGGUCGAGCUGCCCGCUGCCGAUUCUCAAGUGGGUCAGCGCAAAAAGAGCAUGCUCGAUGCGCUCGAGUCCGAGAUCAAGCUGCUGAAAACGCUCGAGCACGAAAACAUCGUGCAGUACCUCGACUCGUUUGCCGACGAUACGCAUCUCAACAUUUUCCUCGAGUACGUGCCGGGUGGAUCCAUCGUGGCGCUCCUACGCAACUACGGAGCGUUUGAAGAGCCGCUGGUGCGCAACUUUGUGCGGCAGAUCCUCAAGGGGUUGUCGUUCCUGCACAAUCGAGGCAUCAUGCAUCGCGACAUCAAGGGCGCCAACAUCCUGGUCGACAACAAGGGGGGCAUCAAGAUCUCGGACUUUGGUAUUAGUAAGAAGGUCGAGUCGGAUCUCGUGUUGUCGACCAACAAGGGCGGAUCUGCAGGCGGUGGAGCGGGUGGACCCGCCAACCGCCCCAGUCUGCAGGGUAGCGUCUUCUGGAUGGCCCCCGAGGUGGUCAAGCAGACGAGCUACACCAUCAAAGCCGACAUCUGGUCGCUCGGGUGUCUGGUGGUCGAGAUGAUCUCCGGCACGCAUCCGUGGGCCGAGCUGAACCAGAUGCAGGCACUGUUCCAGAUCGGAAUGGGGAGGAAGCCGACGCUGCCGGACGAGAUCAGCAACGAGUGCCGCGACUUUUUGGAGAAGACGUUCGAGCUGGAUUACAACAACCGGCCGUCUGCCGACGAGUUGCUCAAUCACGCGUUCAUGGGGACCGAGAUGACGUUCCCUCCCUCCGCCGCCGCGGGUGGCGAGGACGAGGACGGCUCGCCAGCUGGCGCGACUGGCCACAGUGGCGAGGCAGCGGAGGGCGAAACCACCGUCGAUGCGACAGCCGACGGCGAGACGGGCACCACGAGGGAAGGCAGAGACAGCAAGCGUUCCGGGCGCUCCAAGUCGUUGCGAAGGCUCGAACGCGAGAAGAGGCACAAGGAAGCUGCAGCGGCCACCGCAGCAGCGCUCGACGGCGGCUCGCCGAGCACGCCCACCACGCGCAUCGCUCCCCAUCCAGCCACCCUCGGCGCCGCCCGGUCUCCGACAGCAGGCAUGCCAGAGAGCGUCUCGACGUCGUCCAUCGCCACGACGCGCGGCAUCCCUUCGCCGCCCACGGACGCUUCGAACGAUCCCGCGUCUUAG